AUGUCAAUGGACUACUCGGGGUUCCCAUUGUUUCCCGCCAUCCCAGCCUCGAUUAGACGUCGGCUACCCCGCCUAUACUCGUCCCACCGUGCGCCCAUCGGUGCUGAAUCGAGCGGAGAUCCGCGCCGGGGACUGGCUUCCCUAUCAGAGCCUCACCUGCUGUGUCAUAGUCAAUCCACAGAUCGGAUGGUACCCGAAGUACGGCCCUCGUCAGCUGGAGAUGAUAUGGGCUCCCCGGAAUCACAUAGUCCCCCAGCCGAGGAAAUGGGCAGUCCGACUAAAUAUGAAGCUGAGUCUGGGUUGCGAUGGAACCGGGUGGUGCCCGGAUACGAAGCCCAGCAACCACAAGCCGACGGUCGCCUGGCUCGAUCGCUUUAUGUAAAUGCGCUAGUGUAUCUUCUUGAUGCUUUACCCCAAGACUUAUCAGCCGAUGAGACAUCCAUGCUCGAACAUCACAUCCCAGAGCUGGUAAAAGCAUCAUUAACCCCAUACCCUCAACCACCGCAAUAUCUUCCGGACGGGAAAAGCAAAUAUAAUGCCCACCCGAGAUCGUAUUUGCACAGACUGCUCGCCUCGACGAUUGUGCAAAUAUUUAUUCUCUUGCGACUUCUCUUACCAUAUGCCAGGUUGCUUUUGCGCCAGAUAUACGCAUACGAGCGGACCCACCGCAUCACCGAGCGCAUUCUAACCACCACGCUGGAUACCGCCGACGGUCUUGGGAAAAGCAGUAUCAACAUCGGAAUGGCUGUUUGCAAGCUCAGCGAAGGAAGAGUAGGUGCUGCAUUGUCGAGCUUUGCCGCUUGGUGGAUGGAGGGUGUGGCGGGCGGGAUAUAUGAAGGUGUUGGAGAAGGGAUGAUGCAACUUGGUCUUCUUGGAAAAGAGUCUGACAUUUCAACUUCUCCAACUUCUCCUGUGCAAUGGCGACCACCAGAUUACCCUGUAUUCCGUCGCUACGAAAGCAGCAGCUUCAUCUGGAAUUGCCCCUACGCCUCCGCAAUCCUCCGCUUCCAACUUCGCUUCCCAGACACCUACCCCGACCUUCCACCUCUGGUCACCUUCGCAACUGACUUCUUCCACCCAUUGAUUGUGCCCCUCACGACUUAUACUUUCAGUACUGGCUCGGCAAGUGACAACCCAGUCAGUGCUACAGACGAGGAACGCUUACCACCUGGUGGGUUCAGUCUUCGCCAUGGAUUCCCCCACUGGUUUGGCAGAGCAAAGCGGAGCGGUCUAGCAUCGGGGACCACAUCGCGAACUGUGAGCGGAAAUAGUCCAGUAGCUGCACAGGCCAGCGAAACGAGGACUGCAGAUCCCACGGAAAGCGAUGAGGCCUCAGACGCCGCGACAUCAACGGACCCGGAAACCAGUGAUGGUGCCUUGGAAACACCACGAGUGGCCCAGGUCCCGUCCAUGGACCAAUUUGCGGAACCAAAGUCUGUUGUCCCAGUAUCAGAGAUAUUGGACUAUAUUCGGUCGACUUUUGAUGACGAAAAUGUGCUGGAUUCGUUGCCGGUUGAAGUCGCUGGCAACCCUGGAGCAUGGCAUGCGUGGAAGGCACAUCGCCGAGGCGGUGCUGGCGGAGCAUGGAAACGGGCAAGCCCGCAGGCUCGGCUUCCUGGGGAUUGGCAUUGGGAUGGGAUUUGGGCGCGGCGGGCUCACGAUGAGAUCGAAAAUUCUCGGUCCGACCCAAUGUUGUUUGGAAGUGCUGCUCGUGGGAACGCAGAUGACAUGAUUAGGUUCUCGCGGUUAGACAAAGUCAGUUUAGACGCGGUUAAGGAAAGUAUGGCAGCCAUGGUCGGCAAUGUAUGA